AUGAUAGAUUCCUCUGAUAGGAGGAAAAAACCGAGGCGGGAGGGGUCUGGCGAGGCGGCGGAGGAGAUUACGGAGACGGAAGAAACGGAAAUGUUGGCAUGGCCGGUGUGUGUGAAGCCGAAUCGCUCGAACAGGAUCAUGGCCCGCGAAUCGGAUUUGAUCUUGAGGGACUUGAUCUCGGCUGCGGCGGGACGGAGGAGGAAGAUGAGGAUGAGGCACGGGAGGAGGAAGGGUAGUUUCGUCAUUUUGAUAGGUGGUGGCGGGACGAGGCGAAGGGCGGAGGAAGACUCUGGGGAGAUCCGGGUCAAAAAAGAAGGGGAUGUUGAUGGAGCGAAUUUUACGAUUUGUGGGUGUAAAAUACCUAAAUUGCCCUUCACUGGGAAAUGGGUGGAUCUAGAAUUCAGGAAUUGUAUAAAAAUGUAG